AUGCCUGGACUACCGGCGAGCAUCGACUUAGAUGAAUGCAUCGAAAGACUGUAUAAAAAGGAAUUGCUCGCCGACUCCGUAGUCGAGGCAAUAUGCGCCAAAGCGAAAGAGCUAUUAAUGCGGGAGAGCAAUGUGGUGCACAUCGCUGCUCCGGUCACCGUGGUCGGUGACAUCCAUGGUCAGUUCUACGACCUGAUUGAGAUUUUCAAGAUUGGCGGCUUCUGUCCUAAUACCAAUUACCUAUUUCUCGGAGACUACGUCGACCGCGGCCUCUUCAGCGUCGAAACAAUCUCCCUCCUCGUCUGCCUCAAACUGCGCUAUCCCCAGCGCGUCCAUCUUAUCCGCGGCAACCAUGAAUCCCGCGGCGUCACCCAAUCAUAUGGCUUCUAUACCGAAUGUGCCCGCAAAUACGGCAAUGCCAACGUCUGGCACUACUUCACCGACAUGUUCGACUUCCUUACUCUCAGCGUAGUGAUCAACGACCAGAUCUUCUGCGUGCACGGCGGCCUCUCCCCGUCCAUCCACUCCAUAGAUCAGAUCAAAAUCAUCGAUCGGUUUCGAGAGAUCCCUCACGAAGGACCCAUGGCAGAUCUCGUCUGGUCCGACCCGGAUACGGAACGCGAUGAGUUCUCUUUAUCCCCGCGUGGUGCGGGAUACACCUUUGGUGCGCAGGUGGUGAAGAAAUUUCUUGAGAUCAAUAAUAUGUCCCACAUAUUACGAGCGCAUCAGCUGUGUCAGGAGGGAUACCAGAUCCUUUAUGAUGACCGGCUGAGCACCGUCUGGAGCGCCCCGAAUUACUGUUACCGGUGCGGGAACUUGGCCAGCGUCUUGGAAGUCAGCGACACGGGCGAGCGUUAUUUUAACAUCUUCGAUGCGGCGCCGGAAAACAACGACAUUCAUCGUGGCGAUCAACACGCUCAGCAGGGAAAGAAUGGCCAGAGCCCUGUAAUUGAAUACUUUUUAUGA